AAAAAGAGGUAGACUGAAGAAAAAAAGCAGCGAUGGAAGGUCGCCGACAUCUCCGAUGCUGCUCGGCGGAGCUUCGAUCCGGCGGCCGGAGGCGACUCGCCAUCCGAAACUCGAGCCGCCUAUGGACGACGCCGACACAGGUCUCCGGCAGGUUAUCAGGUGCAUCACCUUCAGGGUCUAUGCACAUAUUGAUCCUGCAGCCUACCUAGCCUUCUCCCCCUCUCUGAAAGCUUGCAAUGGCGGACCCAAUUACCCUUAGUGCUGCUGUAGGAUGGGGCGUAACCACAGUAGGUUGGCUCGCCUCACCCAUCAUUCCUAGGCUCCUCAACAAAGCUUUCACCCUCCUCGAAUUUGACGCAGCAGAGAAGCUGAAGAUACUUGAUAUACAAGUUUUACAACUGCAGCGGGUGAUGGAUGUAGUCGACGAGAGCACUUACAAGGCUCACUUGGAGCCACUAUUAGAUAAGCUUAAAUCUGCUCUAUAUGAAGCCGAAGACAUCUUGGAUGAUGUUGAGUAUCAGCGUCUCGACAAGCAGAUCCAAGAUAGCAAGUCAGCCGGCAGCAUGCCUCCACGUAAGCGUGAUUGGCUGAUGAAGAAUCUUCGGUCUGCCCUGCCGAGAUCCCUGCUAAAAGAUGAGGUGACUGGUAUGUCAAAAGUGGAGUUGAAGAAGAGCCUAGAGAAGAUAGAAAGUGCUAUAAAUGAUGCAUGUGAUAUUUUGAAACAACUGAACUUGCCAGGUGUAAGUGAUGAUAAUGGGAGACCAGCUGUUGCUACCAAUGCACUUAGUGCAGGCACUAGUUCUGCAGUACGUGUAAUUGGUCGAGAUAAGGAUCGUCACAAGAUCAUAGCAAUGCUUCAUGAGAAGGAAGACCACUGCCAAGCAAACACCGUCAGUGGUACAUGUUAUUCUGUAAUUGGCAUUCAUGGCAUCGCCGGGUCUGGAAAAUCAACACUUGCACGGUGUAUUUAUGAUCAUGAGAAAAAGCAGAAGCAAGAGAAUAAGGAAGGCCAUUUUGAGAUUGUUAUCUGGGUUCAUGUUUCACAGAAAUUUGAGAUGGAUUCCAUUUUCAGGGACAUGUUUGAGGGUGCUACAGGGAAAGAAUGCCCCGAAUUAAACAGUCUUCAUGCCCUAACAGAAAAACUGGAGGAGGUACUGCUUGGAAAACAGAUUUUGCUGAUACUGGAUGAUGUCUGGUACAGCAGUAGGAAUUCUGAAGACCAUGAAAAACUACAAAAGUUAAUUUCUCCACUGAAUGUUGGAAAGGCAGGAAGCAGAAUCUUGGUGACUAGUCGAACCGAAGAUGCAUUACUAGCUAUGGGUACUGUACAAGAGAGAUGUAUUCCAAUAUCUGACUUGGAUGAUGAAGUGUUCCUCGAAAUGUUCAUGUAUUAUGCACUUGGAGAUGCAAGGGUAGGUGGCAAUGAUCGAAGAGAACUUGAAAUGAUUGGAGAGGACAUUGCAAAAAAACUGAAGAGAUCACCUCUAGCAGCCAGAACAGUGGGUGCACGGCUCCGUAAAAACCCAAAAGUUGAAAUUUGGAGAAGAGAGAAGGACCGGGACCUUAUGAAAGAGACAAUGGGAGCUCUGUGGUGGAGCUACCAGUAUCUUGAUGAGCAGGUCAGGCGAUGCUUUGCUUACUGCAGUAUUUUUCCAAGACGACAUCGCUUGAUACGUGAUGAGUUAGUUAAGUUGUGGGUGGCAGAAGGGUUCAUAAAGACUAGUAAGCCUGAAGAGGAAAUGGAAGAUGUUGCUCAGGAAUACUUUGAUGAAUUGUUGUCGGCCUCAUUUCUGCAAUUCGGAGGGAAACAAGAGGUACGUGGACAUGAGGUUGAGGUUGAUUACUUCACAAUUCAUGAUCUUCUGUGUGAUUUAGCGGAGGAGGUUUCUGGAAGAGACUGCUUCAGGAUCGAGAAAGGCUUCACAGGAGAAGUUCCUCCAGAUGUUCGCUAUCUUUUUGUUGGAACUAAUGAUAGAGAGAUGAUUACUAAGAAGAUAUCAAGACUGCAAAACUUACGCACUCUCAUCAUCGAUGAGUGGAUCCGUGUUAAAUAUGACGAGUGGGAAGUCGUAGCGGGCAUGGUCACUAUGUUGACAGGGCUGCGGAAAUUGCGGGUUCUGAAUUUGAGAAUGGUUGGUGGACAUGGUUUUUGGACCUUCUCAAUCCCGGAUUCUAUUGGUCAACUGAAGCAUCUGCGUUAUUUUGCUUUCGUGGUACCUGCACAUACCAAGCUAACUGUACCGUGCGCUUUUACCAAGCUUUACCACAUGCAGGUAGCAAAUUUUGGUGUGUGCGAUCUUUUGACGUUCUCUGGUGGUGAAGAUAUGAUGAACCUCGUCAACUUGCGCUGUGUGGUCAGCUUGGCAGAUCUGAAUUUUCCUAACGUUGGUAGGCUGACAUGGCUCCAACAGUUAAGGUUCUUCACAAUAAAGAAGAAAGAGGGUUAUGAGCCACAUCAGCUGAGGCACCUAAACAAGCUUCAAGGUAAGCUGCAGAUCCAUGGUCUUAAGAAUAUUGAGAGCAAGGAGGAGGCGCUUGAAGUCAAUCUUGCUGGCAAGGAAAAACUCACAGAACUGGUUCUGGUCUGGGAUGAUGGGAGCUGCAGUCCAGAGGUUCAGGCAGAGGUACUUGAGGGCCUCUGCCCUUCAAAGUAUCUUGAAAUACUAGAAAUUAGUUACUACAACGGUACGAGUUUACCGACUUGGAUGAUGGGUGAGCAUAAUGGCGGCCCGAAGAACCUGAAAGAACUUAGAUUCAUGCAACUGGGACCUGCUCCUGACCUUGGAGCUUUCAUUCAUCUUCAAUCUCUAUGUUUUCUGAAGUGCAACUGGGAUGCCUUACCAGGCAACAUGGAGCACCUUACAUCGCUCAAGAAACUGGAGAUCUCUGCCUGCGAGAAUAUACGGUCGCUUCCAACACUGCCCAAGUCCCUUGAGAAAUUUAGAGUCAAAUGGUGCAGUCACGAGUUCACGCAAUCUUGUAUAACGGCUGGUGAUCCAAAUUGGCAAAAGAUUGAGCACAUUCCAAAGAAAGCAAUUUCACUUUAUUGAAAAAGGUUACGGAAGCAGCAUGCCCUUUUGAUGAGGAUGGGAGCUGAAGAAGAUGGGAGUCAAAAUCAUGAAGCAUCCUGCCAAAUCUUAAGUCUUUACUGGGUAGCCAUUUCCGGGUGGACUCCCUGCCAAUUAUUCAUAAACUGUGGACACUGCAAAAUGUCAUGGCUGUCUCAAUAUAUUUGUUUACCAUAUCUGGUAUGUAAUAAUGUGGAAUGGUGACCACUGGUUUAUUUGCUUCCUAUAUAUUGACCCCAAAACUGUAUGAUUCCUAGAGCUUGUAAUAACACCCUGGGAUGGUGAACACUGGAUGUAUUUGCUCGCUGCCCUUUGCAACACUGAUGAAUGAUGAACGGCAAAUAAUUUGAUUGCUAGGAA